UCGGUUUCGGUGCGUGUAGAUUUUUUGUUGGAAUACGUACGGGAACGAAUACAUCAUUAUCAUGUCUUUGGAAGCCAAAUUUGCCGCUCUCAAGCUCGACGACGUGGACAGUAUUGUACAAGCCGUCCAGAAGGACGGGGUCGAAAAGUCGGGUCUGGCCGCCAACAUUGGUGUGUUGGCCGCUCGUUGCGCCUCGAGCGACGACGACGAAGCCUUGGUGGCACUCAAAACUACCAAGACUUUGGUGGAACAGUGCCCUACCGCACAAGCCUUCACCAAGGACUGUUUGACAGCUUGUCUGGAACAAGCCUUGUCCAAGAAUACAGAUGUCCGCAAUACCGCCGAAGAAACGGCCUUUGCCAUUUGCGAAAACAUCAAUCCGUUCGCCAUGAAGUCUUUGCUGCCCCAGAUCUUUGCCCAGCUUCCCGUAGAGAAGAAGUGGCAAAUCCGGGAGUUGGGACUCAAGUGCAUCGCCAAGUUCAACAAGACCGCCCCGCGCCAGUUGGGUGAUGCCCUCCCGGAGGUCAUUCCCGAAGUCACCGCCUGUAUGUGGGACACCAAGAAGCAGGUCAAGAUUGCCGCCACCGCAGCCAUGGAAGCCGCUCUCCAAGUUAUUGGGAACCGCGAUAUCGAACACAUGACGGACAAAAUUUUGGUCGCCAUCACCAAGCCCAAGGAAGUGCCCGAAAUUAUGCACAAGAUGGCGGGAGUUACCUUUGUCCAAUCGGUCGAAUCACCCGCCUUGGCCAUGGUCGUGCCCCUUUUGUUGCGUGGACUACGGGAAAAGCAGAUUGCUACCAAGCGUCAGUCAGCCGUUAUUAUCAACAACAUGAGUAAGCUGGUCGACAACCCGCUUGACGCCGCUCCUUUCCUGCCCCUCUUGCUGCCGGCUCUACAGACCAACGCGGAAAGUAUUGCCGACCCCGAGGCCCGCGAAGUCACCGAACUGGCCGUGGCGCAGUUGAAUCGACUGAAAGGACUCGCGGACAAGCAAUUCUCCGUCCGAGGAGAUAUCUCCAAGCUCGAAGACGAAUUUAAGAAGGCUUUGGGCGCCGAAAAUGCGGAAGGAGGCCUCUUGGUCGUUAUCAAGCAAGCCUCGACCAUUGCCACCACAAUGAUGGACUUGCACUUUAUGGAAGAUGUGCAGUGGACCAAGCAUGUUUCGUCGCAGUUUGUGGACUAUUUGGAUAAGGCCAAGGUGGAAGCCGGUAUCGAAAAGGUCCGUGAAGAAGCCGAAAAGAUGUUGGUCGUCCCCGAGGAAGAUGAAGACGAGGACGACUCCGAGGAACUUUGCAACUGUACCUUCACACUCGCCUACGGUACCAAGAUUUUGUUGCACAACACCAAAAUGCGCCUCAAGCGUGGUAAGCGCUACGGUCUGUUGGGACCCAACGAUUGCGGAAAGACCACGCUCAUGCGAGCCAUUGCCAAUAACCAGGUCGAGGGAUUCCCCGAUACUGGUCAGGUUCGUACCGUAUUCGUCGAAGCCGAUAUUCAGGGUGAACAGUCCCACUUGUCGUGUGUCGACUACGUUCUACACGAUCCCAAGAUUGAGGCUUUGGGCAUUACCACGGAAGAAGUGCGCAACGUGCUCGCGACGGUUGGUUUCACCGAAGACGGCAAGGCCAAGCCUAACCACGCCGUGUCGACUUUGAGUGGAGGAUGGCGCAUGAAAUUGGCCCUGGCGCGUGCCAUGCUUCAAAAGGCAGAUAUUCUUCUGCUCGACGAACCUACCAACCAUUUGGAUGUCAUUAACGUUGCCUGGGUGAAGACCUACCUGAACUCAUUGACCAACGUGACGUCGAUUAUUGUCAGUCACGAUUCCGGUCUCUUGAACGAUUGCUGCACCCACAUUCUUUCUUUCGACAACCUGAAGCUCAGCACUUUCAAAGGAAAUCUCGACGAGUACGUCAAGGCCCACCCGGCUGCCCGUGCCUACUUUACCUUGAGCGACUCCAAGAUGAAGUUCAAGUUUCCCCAGCCGGGACCGAUCGAGGGUGUCAAGUCCAAGGGUAAGGCCUUGAUGAAGAUGGCCAACUGCACCUUCACCUAUCCCGUCAACGACAAGCCGACGCUUUUCGACAUUACUGUGCAAGUAUCACUCAGUUCCCGUAUCGCUUGUAUUGGGGAGAACGGUGCUGGCAAGUCAACAAUGAUCAAGCUAUUGGUCGGUGAGAUUGAGCCGCAAGUUGGUGACGUCUGGAAGCACCCCAACGCUCGUGUCGCCUACGUCGCACAGCACGCCUUUCACCACAUUGAAUCCCACUUGGAUAAGACCCCGAACGAGUACAUUCGUUGGCGUUUUGCCAACAAUGGUGAAGACAAGGAGUCACUGGUCAAGGUAUCUCUACAAUUUUCCGAUGAAGAAAUUAAGCUGCAAAAGGCCCCCUUUGAGAUUCAGGUGGUAGACGAAGCCAGUGGAAAAAUUUCGAAGAUCAAGAAGGUUGUGGGUGAGCUCAUGGGAGGACGUAAACAGAACAAGAGCAAAGAAUACGAGUACGAAGUCCGUUACGCCGGCUCGACCGUUGACUCGGGUGAAUAUUUGUCGUCGAAGAUCCUCAAGAAGAUGGGUUGGGAAAAGGCCAUGAAGGCUGUCGAUCUCAAGAUUGCCCAGACUGCCGGUAUGUUCAUCCGUCCUUUGUCGACCAAGAAUGUCGAAGAGCAUUUGGAAGGCUGCGGGUUGGGACGUGAGUUCGGUACCCAUUACCGUAUGUCGGCGUUGUCCGGAGGACAGAAGGUGAAGGUUGUGUUGGCUGCUGCCAUGUGGAUGCAGCCACACAUUGUCAUUCUAGACGAGCCCACGAACUACCUGGAUCGCGAAUCGCUAGGUGCCCUGGCUGGUGCGAUUGAGGAGUUUGAUGGUGGAGUGAUCAUCAUCUCGCACAACAACGAAUUCGUUUCCAAGCUGUGUCCCGAAACCUGGGUCAUGGACGCCGGUCACCUCGAGACCAAGGGUGACGCUGACUGGAUGUUGAAGCAGGAUUCUAAGAUUUCUGAUCAAAUGCAGAUCAAUACGGACGUUACCGAUGCGGCCGGUAACAAGAUCGAGAUCAAGCAGGACAAAAAGAAGCUGUCCAAGAAGGAAGAGAAGGCACUCAUCAAGAAAAUUAAGGCCAAGAUGAAGGCUGGUGAGGCCCUUGACAGUGAAGAAGAAGAACUUGCCUUUGAGAAGGAACUGGUGUAAAGCUCAUUUGAAUUCUCUAUGGGGCAGUCUGCUUUUGUAGUCCAGUGACGACUUUAUAUAUAGAACGAACGAACGAACAAA